AUGUCUUCUUCUUCUGCUGCUGCUGCUACUACAACUACAAAAACUACUACUACUGAUUUACCAAAAAUGCAAUACGUUCGUCUUGGAAAAACAGGUCUAAGAGUUUCUCGUAUUUGUCUUGGUUGUAUGUCCUAUGGUAGUUCAAAAUGGAGUCCCUGGGUUAAAGAUGAAAAGGAAAGUAUUGAGUACAUCAAGAAGGCUUAUGAAAUUGGUAUCAACUUCUUUGAUACAGCUGAUGUUUACUCUUAUGGUGAAAGUGAAAGAGUUCUUGGUAAGGCUUUGAAGGAAAUUGGUGCAGAUAGAGGUCGUGUUGUGAUUGCUACUAAAGUCUAUAUGCCUGUAUAUGAUAACUUUGAUGAGUUUGACCCUAUCCCAGAGGACAAGGCUCAUAUGGUGAAUUGUUUUGGUCUUUCUCGUAAGCAUAUCUUUGAUGCUGUUGAAGCCUCCUUAAAGCGUCUUGGUGUUGAUUACAUUGACAUUUAUCAAAUACAUCGUCAUGAUCCAAACACUCCUAUGGAAGAGACUAUGGAGGCUUUAAAUGAUCUUGUUCGCUCUGGUAAAGUUAGAUACAUUGGUGCCAGUACCAUGUCUACUUGGCAAUUCCAGAAAUAUAAUAAUAUUGCUGAACGUCAUGGUUGGGCUAAAUUUAUUUCCAUGCAAAACUUAUAUAACUUGAUUUACCGUGAAGAAGAGAGAGAAAUGAUCCCUUAUUGUAUGGAUUCUGGUAUUGCUGGUGGCGAACUUCUUGCUAAGAAGAGAAAUACUGUCCGCAAUGAUACUUACUUUGUUAUCUCCAAGUUUCAUCCUGAAGUGAAAGCAGAUUGUAAUGAAAUUAUUAUUGACCGAGUUACUGAACUUGCAAAGAAGCAUAACGUAUCAAAUGCACAAAUUGCUAUGGCCUGGGAAUUAUCAAAGCCAUUUAUCACUGCACCUAUUCUUGGUGUCAGUAAAAUUGAACAACUUUAUGAUUCCGUUCGUGGAUUAGACUUGAAGUUAACUAAAGAAGAAAUCAAAUACCUUGAAGAGCCCUAUACACCUAAAUAUCCCAUCUAA